CGGCAAGCUUGUUGAUUCGAUACUGAAGCACCUUCGUGAGUGUCGUGGCGUACCGUAGCGCCUCUCGCUGAUUUUCCGCUGCAGCACGUUGGCACAUCUCGACAAGAUCUCAUGCAGACAGAACGCCUUCUGUGGACCGACGAGCCCGCAAAAACAUGCGCUGCAUGUGUAGCAGUGACUUGUGAAUUUCCUAGACUCAACUGCAAGAAUUCAGCGGUGCUGCGACUGUUCUGCUUCGGCGUAACGAUACGGGAACCUGACUGUAUUUUGGCCCAGCUAUUUCACGCGUCGGGGAUUAAAUACCGUGUAGAUCCCCCUCCCCCUCUUUGACACAGUAUGCAUAAUUUUGGAAACAAGUUGAGACUUUCUUUUGGACCAAACGAAUUGGAAUCGGUUUUCCCCGACAAGGUCCCUGAGCGGACUCCAUGACUUUCGUAGAGGCUCACCUGCUUGCGUCUUGCACGGCAUCGACUACUCCAAAAUAAUAUCCUUAAAUUGCCAGGACGAUAAUUCAUGACCGGCCAGAUUGACACUGUCGACCGGCUCCCGUGUCGGAAUUCACCCUCCUAAGGUGGCCCACAGUUCCGACCAACUUUUCUGAGAAGGCAAUUCUGUAGCUAACAUGUAGUACCUCAUCCGCUGGCCCUUUUCCAGGAUCUCAAAAUGCAGGGAGCUGGCUCGAGGAAUCUCCUCCAUCGCUGCCGUUGUCGGCAUGCAUGGUCUUCAGAUCCCUCCCGUUUGGGUGGUUCGCAUUAUCGAAUGAGGCGAAUAGGCAGUUCCUUUCCUCCUGUGUCUUCUCCAGACUCCGGGGUCUCGGUCAUACUGUGUGCGCCGGAAGUUUCGAGUACUGACGUAGGUAUCGGGUCACUUGCUUACCAUGACCGAGGACAACUAAUGUACAUAUCUCUGUUUAGUGGACACAUGCAUCCGAAGGAGGAAGCUUCUCUCCAUUGUGGGGGAGACGGAGGCAGCUUGAAAGGCUCGAGAAGGCCGGGGGGGCACACCUGCUCCAGGCACCACGGACACUAUAGAGCGGGAUCCGAAGCUGAUAGUGGCGUGGGAAGGCGCUCUGGGUUUUCUACAUGGUGGCAUUCCCCGUCAUACAGCGACAUUGCUGUUCCUGAGAGCCAUUUACGGAAGCGGACGCAAAUGAGAGCGAUCCACACGAAGGAGCACUUUCUUCGCCAUACUGGGCGUUCCGCCUUUCGAACGUGGCAGUUGCGUUGCACUAUAAAUCGAUCACGAGUCUUCUCUUCUCAAGCUCGCGUAUGCAGUACCCCUCCCGCUGUGGUGGAUAGCACAGGCGCCAGACGUGUCACUUCGUAUGCUUCUAAGUGCGAGGUCUCAGGAGGUUCCUUCGCGUGGCCUGGCGGUUCGUCAGGAUUCAUUGAGGGCGAAUGCUUUUCAAGAAAGGUGCAUGCCUCCGAUUCUGAACAGGCAACUGGAGAAGAAGAGACACACUGUCUAGCGUCUUCGUUUGGAACCCACCAACGUCAGGCAGGGCGGCCGUCAUCUACCAGCAGCCCAGUGCCGCUGCUUCGGGCCUGGCGCUUCCCCAGGGAGUGUGCUGCGUACUGGGCUCUCUCCAAGGGUCGCCUGAGUGUUUGGGUGGCACUUUCUACUCUGGCUGGCUACGCGGGUGGCAUGCAGGCUCUACCGGAUUUCUGGACGGGUAUCGCGUCGGGUGCAGGCAGCGGCGUGGGCUCCACAGGUCUCCUCCUGCUCCAGGAAGCUGCAGUCUCCGAAGCAUCGACAGGAGCAGCGAGUGUGUUGACGGCUGUGGUGUCGGGGGUGACAGCGGCGCAACUUGCGGCAUCCGUGGGGGCACUGUUCGCUGGUGUCUUUGGAAGUUCUGCUGCGGCGAAUGCACUAAAUCAGCUCUAUGAGAGGAAGUUAGAUAGCUUGAUGAAGCGGACCCGUCAUCGCCCAGUUGCAAGUGGUUACCUCUCACCUUCGGCUUGUGCAACCUUCGCGGCGCUCUCGGCUGCAGCGGGUGUGUCGCUGCUGUCUGCACAUUUCCCCAACAUGACAGCCGCCGCCUUGGCUGCCUUCAACAUUGCCCUCUACGCGGGAGUGUAUACACCUCUCAAGACGAAGAAUCCAUACAGCACUCACGUCGGCGCGGUUGUGGGCGCCAUUCCUUUAUUGAUUGGCUGGAGCGCUGCUGGAGGCUCCCUGGCUUGCUUGCAUCCAUGGAUUCUAUUCGGGCUGCAGUACUUUUGGCAGUUUCCGCACUUCUACAUGCUCUGCUGGCUUCAUCGGGCUGAUUACCAGCGAGGCGGAUAUAAAAUGUUCGGUGUUGCAGAUGAUCAGCACGCUGUCCAAACCAAGAUGCUUUGUCGGCGAUACUUGGGCGCCCUUCUGCUUACUCCUCUUGUGUCGUCGACCUUGGACGUGACUACGUGGAUGUUCGUUGUUUCUUCUCUCCCUGCAAACAUUUUCAUUGCGCAUUCUUUUCAAAGGUUCUGCUCCCAUCCGGAGAAGGCGAGCGGGAGGCACUUUUUUCUCCACUCUCUGUGGCACAUCAUGCUUUUACUCGGUCUUGCCGUCUACCACAUGAAACCAGUAUCUCCCUCGUCGCCGUCAGACUGCUCAUCGAAAGGAUACUGCCAAACUUCAAGCUGCGCAAUUUCUGCGGAGGAGGAUGUCUGUCUAGAUCGGCCGGGUUACUCUUAUAUGCGAAUGCUGCUCGCCACACCACUUACGACUUUGUGCUUUCUCUACAGGAAAGUGGAGUUGGGAGUAGUUCAGCUCUGUCCCAUGCUGCGUCGGAAGCGUUGUGACAACCAGCAGUCGAAAGAUGGAGAGCAACGAUGCUGCAUACCGCGGCCCCCCGUGAUUGCUGGAAACGAAGGCAAAGGGGAACAGCUGACUAGGGAGGGACAAGAACCUCCUCUAGCAGGAAUACUGGGAGAUGAUCGCGUCAAAGAAGGUCAUCUAGAGACGUUCAACGAUGCAGGCUCCGCGAAGCGCUCGCGGUCUUCAAGAGGAGAGAACAUAGGAAGUAAAUCGGAUUCAUUGACAUCUGGAAUGAGCCUGUGUCCCUGGCCCAUUGGGAAAGGCAAACACACGGAUGCGGAAUCGAACUGUCAGUUACAUGUGCCAAUAAACGGCGAAGAAAGGCAGUCGCUUCUGCCUACCUACUCACAGAAGCCUUUCAUGUCACGCGGCAUAUCUAUAGAAGACAGAAACUCAGGCGGAGUUCUUCACUGUUUCAACGGACUGUUUCCUGAGUAUAAGGAAGCUAACCUAGUCGAGCGGGUGAGGUGUACCCUAUCUCAGUUUUGUCCGCACGAGUACCUAUUCGGUCUGCAGAGAGGCUGUCCCGUCAGCCAGGCGGCGUCAACUUUUCUCCCGCAGUUUGGUUCGGGGGCAAGCGGCAGUAGAAUGACAGAUGGGGUUUUGUCAUCAAGCUGUCGGGAACCUUCCGAGCGGCCAAAGCCGCCGCCAUGAAUUGGCGUAUCCGCUUGCGAAGUCCGAAGUAAAUUUUAGAGCCAGGGUGCGUUCUGUAAUAGGAUCAUCCCAGGAAUCUCCAAUAUGGUGUAUUGUGGCCUAAGUUCGCGUACGUGCAUCGGGGAACGAGGACUUCUGUUUCUAUAGUAAGCAUUUUUCUCAGAGAUGUGGGCGUUUUCGCCCUUCAGGGUGCGGGUGGACGAAAGGGGAAUGAAGAGAGUUCAUGACUUCGUCAAAUAGGUGUAGACCAGCACUGGUGGAGGGCAGAAUAAUCACAGGGCUACAUAAUUGCAGUGACUUUCUGGCCCCGAUGUUUGGAGAAGUCAUCUCGCCGAUUGAGUGGAAAAACGUUGCAUUCUGUUUGUUGUGACGCUGAAUCCCUCCUCGGAGAGGAAGAGUGGACGUGAUCCGCCAGCGGGAAUUUUGCAUAACGCAGAUAGUUUGUGGAGGAACGGCAGCUCGUCUGGGAAGGGAAUACAGCGAUUGCUGUGAGCUUCUUCUGUAUUCUCUCUAUCGAAUUCCUUUUCGACUUAUUCAAUUAAGGCCGAACGACGUGACCACAGAUCCGUUUUUCACAUAACGGCGCCCCGUCACUUGACUGAAUUGCAUUCGCAGGCGUCGUACUGUAGAAUCGUUGUGCCGACCAGAUUAUCAUCCAAACUAGGC